CAGGGCCAUAAAUAUCUUGUAUUUUGGGAGGAUCCGAAAGAGAACAACGUCUCUGACAAAAGCAAAAGAAUAAAAAUCAUACUUUAUUCCAGCCCCGUAACCUCUUUACCAACAAUAGGUUACCAAAUACCCCAAACAGUCGGAGAAAACCAACAAAGCGACACCAUAGAAGGCGGGGUGGUGGCGGUAUAACAAAAAGGACUAUGUCGCUGCGGACGCUCCAGGAACGCCUCGUGCAGCUGCAGGAGACGACUUCGCAGAUACGCACCCUGAUCGAUCGACUGGGCAGCCUAAAACUACAGCCAGGCUCCGUGCCGCUCAGGGACGAGUCCGACAGCCAUUACGAUGACGGCAACGUGGUCACUGAGCUGGGUGUCGAGAUCACCCAGGGCCUCCGCGAGACCGAGGAGGAAUUGGACCUCCUCCGCGAGGAGGUAGCAGACCUCAAGCCCGGGCGCGACGGUAGCGAGGCCCAGAAGGACAGGAACCGCCUGCGCGAGUCGGCCGACAGGCUGGAUGCCGAACUCAAGCGCUGCCGGAUAUCUUUUCGCAAAGCGCAGCUGUCAGCCCGUCAAGGUUUAGCCGCAGCCCAGCGAGCCGAGCGUGCCAUGCUCGUCGCAUCAUAUGCCGCCCCGCCGCCUCCAAGCCGCUCCGGAGCAUCGUCUCCAGCCCUGCACCAACAGGAAGGGCAGCAACAGCCGCUGCCACCGCCACGACGACGACACCACCAACAAAGACCAACCGCCGGCAACGACCCACAGGACCAAGUCGUCGGCGCCGCGCACAACGUAACCUCGUCCCUACGCCGGACCCACGACCUGAUGGCUGCGGAGCUGGCGCGGUCCGCAUACGCGGCGCAGGCGUUAGCGGAGAGCACGGCGGCCAUGCGAGAGCUCGACCAGCGGUACUCUGGGCUCGACGGCAUGCUCGCGGCGUCGAGGGACCUGCUGGGCACGCUGCUCAGGUCGCAAAAGUCGGACACGUGGUACCUGCAGACGGCGCUCUACAUGCUCCUGGCGACGGCCGCCUGGCUCAUCUUCCGGAGGCUGCUCUACGGACCGAUGUGGUGGUUCGUAUGGCUCCCGCUCAGGAUGCUAGGCAUAGGCGUCGGCGGUGGCGCGUCCCUCGUCAGCAGGGGCUUGGGCGGCUCCGGAGCGAGCAUGGAGGUCGCGGGCACGGCUGGGAGUGCGACCGUGGUUGACAUGGGGAACGCGGAAAGUGUGCCGACCGCUCGCGUGGGAGGGGCCGGGGAGGCUGGUCAGAAGAAGGAGGGUUCAGACCCGGAGUCGGAAUCUGAAAAGGUUGGCAAGAUUGUUGACGAGGCCAAGGCUGACGCCGAUAGGACGGCCGUCGAGAGUAACAAAGGUCAAGACGUCCACCACGAGUCUGCACCAGAGGGAAACCCCAAAAAGCGGAUGUGGCAGGAGCCAGAGGAGGCGGCAAAACAUGCGGCCUCUUCUGUUGGCGAUGAGGAUAAUUCGGACGAGAGGGUAAAGGACGAGUUAUAGUUUUAGAUACAAACGAGUGGGAAAUGGUAACGAAUAUCAAUACAACUUGGCAUACAUACAUACAUGCACACAGG